UCCUUCUCCAGAGGAUCUUCCCAACCCAGGAAUCAAACCUACAUCACCUCUGUCUCCUGCACAGCAGGCGGAUUCUUUCCAUGCUGAGCAAUUAUGGAAGCCUAUAUAAUACAUGAAGAUUUAUUUAAUCAAGCAGGGAUAUGUUUUACCUUCUGCACUGAACUUAGCAAUAUAUUUUGAAGUUUAUUGUUUAUUAGUGCACUUAACUCUGCUUCUUUUGUUUCAUGACUGUAGUAUUCCAGAAAUAGGUGUUCUAUGAUUUAUUUUUCCAUUUCCCCUAUUUUUACUGGGUGAUAGUUUUCAGUUAUUGUGAUAUUAUAAACUAUGCUCCAAUAAACAUUCCUGAGCAUAUGUCUUUGCUGACUAUACAUCUAACAUAAUUCUGUUUGUAUAUUUUGCUCUGUCUCUCCCCCAUGCUGUGAUGGGGAUUAAUUUCCUGUGUCAACUGAACUGGGCCAAGGGAUGCCCAGACAGUUGGUAACGUUAGUUUUAAGUGUGUCUGUGAGGCAGUCUCGGGAAGAGAUUAGCUUUUAAAUCAGUGGACUUCAGAAAGAUUUCCCCUUCACCAGUGCGGGUGGGCAUCUUCCAAUCUGUUGAGGGUCUGAACAGAGCAAAAAGGUGGAGGAAAGAUGAAUUUGCUCUCUUUGCUUGAGCUGUGACUCCCACAUUUUCCUGCUUUCGGACAUUGGCACUCCUGGUUCUCGACUUUUGGACUGAGACCAGGACUUGCACCCCUGGCACCCAGUUCUCAAGCUUUUGUAUUUGUCCAGCAUGAUAACACCAGCUUUCUUGAUUCUCCAACAACGCACAGAAUACAGACCAUGGGACUAUCUCAUCUCUGUAACUCCAUAUAGGGUGCCAAUUCCUAUAAUAAAUCUCUGCAUAUCUAUCUAUACACCUUACUAUAUAGCUCUAUAGUUCUAUAGGUUCUAUAGCUCUGGAAAACCUUCGUACACACCUCCACUCCCACUAGGAGGUGGUCACCUCAGCACCUUACAUGAGGUCUGGCACUGAGCAGGUACAGAAUUCACAUCUGUUUCAUCAAUGACCAUGCACUCACCAAGAUGCCUAACCAGCAGGCAGAUCAUCCCAACCCCCAGGAAUUAUAUUCCGAUUUCAGAAACACCAGCUCUUGACUAUCCAGUGGUCUGUAGCUGUUGAUUGGGCAUAUACCUCCUAGUCUAGAUUUGCACUAACACCAUCAUUACAACAACCCCAUGAGAUUUCAUGAUCAUGCUUUACAAACAAGGAAACUGAGGCACAGGUUCCAUAACUUGUAAGAGGCUGAGACUACAAUGGAAACAGCUGGCCUCUUGAAUAUCACCUUUUAAUUCACAUUUGUCUUGUCACAGCAAACAUGAGAUGUGUCAGUGUUCAUUCCUUCGUUUAUUCGUUCAUUUGUUCCAUCAACAAAUAUUUACUGAGAGCUCACAGUGUUCCAGGCAGGAGGUAGGUAACACAGUGUGGUGAGAGAUGGAGACACCCCUGCAGUGGUGGAAUUUACAGUAUAAAGGGAGAGACAGAUUAAGCAAAAAACAGUGAAUGUGUGAUGAGUGCCCCCAAGGUUGGGGGUGGGUGGUAAUAGUGGGGAGAAUUUGGAAGCACCUAGCUGGGAGUUCUUCCCAGUAAUUAAGAGAGUCCCCAAAUCUGUGAUGAGUGGGAUGAGCCUUGAAGGAUGAGCAAGAUGGGAGGGGUAAAGGCCAAGAGGCAGUCUGUUCCCCGCCUUCCUCCUGUGCUCUGCCCUACAGCGGAAUUUGGCUUUUGCUGCCCCUGCCAGCGCUAGGGACCUCCACAGAGCAAGGGCCAGAGCGCCUGUGUCCUUCUGCUACCGAAAGUGGCCCGUACCCCAUUCCCUACCCCCAUCAGCCUUUUCUAAUUUUAAAGCAGUAGCUCCCUUGAUUGAAAUCUCAAUUUGGGAACAGGCCUAGGAUUGGCCUGUAGCUCGGAAUUCUCACCAAUAAGCGCCACGGUAGGUGGGGAGGCGUCCCUUUAAGCAGCGGGGAGGCAGCCUGGAGAGCUUGAAGCGUCUCUCUCCGGGACCUGAGAGGUUUUCCUGCAUCCGGAGCUGUGCAGGGAGCAGCUGCCGAGCCCCGGGAAUGUCACCUCCCUCGCGUGGAGCCCCUGCAGGGCCCCCUUUGGCUCCGGGUGGUUGGCGGCGGACGCCCCACUGGGCUUCUUAGCCACAGCCGCAUCCCCUGGCCCGGGUCUGCGGCCCCUUCCCACCCCCACCCCCCCCCAACCCCCUUAGUUCCCGGUGGUGGAGGCCCCGCAGCAGCAGAGAUGCAAGGCUGAGCCGGGAAGAUCUGCCUGCACUGCAAGUGCCCUCAGGAGGAGCACAUGGUGACGGUGAUGCCCCUGGCGAUGGAGAAGACAGUCAGCAAACUCAUGUUUGACUUCCAGAGGAACUCGACCUCGGACGACGACUCAGGCUGCGCCCUGGAGGAGUACGCCUGGGUCCCGCCGGGACUGAAGCCUGAACAGGUUCACCAGUACUACAGCUGUCUCCCAGAAGAGAAAGUCCCCUAUGUCAACAGUCCUGGAGAGAAACUUCGAAUCAAGCAACUAUUACACCAGCUGCCACCACAUGACAAUGAGGUUCGCUACUGCAACUCCCUGGAUGAGGAAGAGAAAAGGGAGCUGAAGCUCUUCAGCAACCAGAGGAAACGUGAAAACCUGGGCCGCGGCAAUGUGAGGCCCUUCCCGGUCACCAUGACGGGAGCCAUCUGUGAACAGUGUGGAGGCCAGAUCAAUGGUGGGGACAUCGCUGUGUUUGCAUCACGCGCUGGCCACGGUGUCAGCUGGCACCCACCCUGCUUUAUCUGCACUGUCUGCAACGAGCUCCUGGUGGAUUUGAUCUACUUUUACCAGGAUGGGAAGAUCUACUGUGGCAGGCACCACGCAGAGUGCCUGAAGCCGCGCUGCGCAGCCUGCGACGAGAUCAUCUUUGCAGACGAGUGCACAGAAGCCGAGGGGCGACACUGGCACAUGAAGCACUUCUGCUGCUUCGAGUGCGAGACGGUGCUGGGCGGCCAGCGCUACAUCAUGAAGGAGGGGAGGCCCUACUGCUGCCACUGCUUUGAGUCCUUGUAUGCGGAGUACUGCGACACUUGCGCCCAGCACAUAGGAAUUGACCAAGGCCAGAUGACCUACGACGGCCAGCACUGGCACGCCACCGAGGCUUGUUUCUGCUGCGCUCAUUGCAAGAAGUCGCUACUGGGGCGGCCCUUCCUACCCAGACAAGGCCAGAUCUUCUGCUCACGCGCCUGCAGCGCCGGCGAGGACCCCAACGGCUCAGACUCCUCCGACUCCGCCUUCCAGAACGCCCGGGCCAAAGAGUCCCGGCGCAGCGCCAAGAUCGGCAAGAACAAGGGCAAGACGGAGGAGCCGCUGCUCAACCAGCACAGCCAGCUGCAGGUGAGCUCCAACCGGCUGUCGGCCGACGUGGACCCCCUGUCGCUGCAGAUGGACCUGCUCAGCCUGUCCAGCCAGACGCCCAGCCUCAACCGGGACCCCAUCUGGAGGAGCCGGGACGAGCCAUACCACUACGGGAACAAGCUGGAGCAGAGCCAGCCACAGAGCCCCUUGCAGCUCCUCAGCCAGUGCAACAUCAGAACUUCCUACAGCCCCGGCGGGCAGGGGGCUGGAGCCCAGCCCGACGUGUGGGCCAAGCACUUCGGCAACCCAAAAAGGAGCUCGUCGCUGGCCAUGAAGGGCCACGGUGGCAGCUUCAUCAAGGAGUGCCGGGAGGACUACUACCCGGGCAGGCUGCGGUCCCAGGAGAGCUACAGCGACAUGUCCAGCCAGAGCUUCAGCGAAACCCGGGGCAGCAUCCCGGUCCCCAAGUACGAGGAAGAGGAGGAGGAGGAAGGGGGCAUGUCCGCUCAGCAGUGUCGGACCCGGCACCCCAUCAGCUCGCUGAAGUACACUGAGGACAUGACGCCCACUGAGCAGACCCCGCGGGGCUCCAUGGAGUCGCUGGCGCUGUCUAACGCAACAGGCCUCUCCGCGGAUGGUGGCGCCAAGCGCCAGGAGCACCUCUCUCGGUUUUCCAUGCCCGAUCUCAGCAAAGACUCUGGGAUGAAUGUGUCCGAGAAGCUGAGCAACAUGGGCACGCUGAAUUCGUCCAUGCAGUUCCGCAGCGCCGAGUCAGUUCGCAGCCUGCUGUCCGCCCAGCAGUACCAGGAGAUGGAGGGCAACCUCCACCCGCUCAGCACCCCGAUCAGGUACAGAGACCUGCAGGCGCACGGAAGGAUGCAUCAGAGCUUUGAUUUCGAUGGGGGGAUGGCGGGCAGCAAGCUGCCAGGGGCGGAGGGAGUGAGGAUCCAGCCCAUGAGCGAGCGCACCCGGAGGAGAGCCACUUCGCGAGACGACAACCGCCGCUUCCGGCCCCACCGGUCCCGGCGAUCCCGACGCUCUCGCUCUGACAACGCCCUCCACCUGGCCGGCGAGCGCGAGGCCCUCUCUCAGUUAAAGGAGAGACCCCCUCUCAGAGCCAGGGAGGACUAUGAUCAGUUCGUGCGCCAACGGAGCUUCCAGGAGAGCCUGGGCCAGGGGUCUCGGCGGGACUUGUAUGGCCGGUGCCCCCGGACCGUGUCGGACCUGGCUUUGCAGAACGCCUUUGGGGAGCGCUGGGGCCCCUAUUUCGCCGAGUACGAUUGGUGUUCCACCUGCUCCUCCUCCUCCGAGUCUGACAACGAGGGCUAUUUCCUAGGAGAACCCAUCCCCCAGCCCGCCCACCUGCGAUAUGUCACCAGUGAUGAGUUACUGCACAAAUACAGCUCCUACGGCCUCCCCAAGUCUUCCACGCUAGGUGGCAGGGGACAGUUGCACAGCAGGAAAAGACAGAAGAGCAAAAACUGUAUCAUUUCUUAAUCCGAUGGGGGGUCAGGGAGUGGGGGUAGAUGGGAACUAAGAAUGUAGAUUCAGAAACUUGCACUGUUGGAAAUUUUAAAGCGCUUUGGGGGUGGGGGGUUCCAGGGAGAGAUGAGGGGAGCUCUCCCUUGAUGGAGGCAAGGUUACCUAUUGACUCCAUAGGUAGUCACAAUUCUUGGCAUGUUGAACAUUAUUUGCACAUUUCACUUUGGAAACGCUGUAGACUCAACAGAGGCCAGGGUUGGUCACCUCCUUCUCCAACCGUUUGUGUUGAGUUGCCUCUGGCAAGAUGGCAAAAUUGUUUCCUGCUCGCUUAUAUAUAUAUACAUACACACACACACAUUAUAUAUAUAUAUAUAUACAUAUAUAUAUAUAGCCUCUCUGGUUUUCUUCCUUUUAGGACCCUUUUUCCAGUAAGUAAUUUGUUUAUUAGCCAGGACCCCACACUAAGUUAUUUACAUGUCCAUUGUAAAUGCAAUGUAAAUGAGAGUUCUGAUAAAAUAUUUUUGUAUUUUGUAAUAUCAAAGGAAUUUCUAUAUCGUAGGACUCAGUGGAGCCUUGCAUGCACGUCUAGCAUUGUCUUUUGAGUAGUAUUACAGGGUGGUCCAGGACCACUUUUUUUUUUCUUUUUUUCUAUACAAAUUUGUUACAUGUCAGUGAGACCUUUUUCAAAGAAUUUUAUUCAAUUUGGCUUUUUGUGGCUAAAAAAAAAAAAAAAAACCAAAUUAGCUGUUACACCCAAAGCAUUUGAUGCUCCAUCCAUCUUAAGGAGCCAUCCUUAAGUCUGUUCCCACCCUCAGUAGAAUCUCUUCUCUACAAAGUGAUAGUAAUUUUUUUUUUUUAAUUUAUAAUUGCCAAUGUAACUUCUGCCAAUUAGAAAAACCAACCAGUGUCAGUAGACUUCGUGAGAAAUGCCAUCCCCGCUGGAAACAUUGACGUUGCUCACCAUUGAUCUGUCCUGUGGGGAAAACAAAAGUGACUGUGAGUGGUGCUGUUGUGUGACGUCAGCAUGACAUUGUUUUGAGUGUGGCUUUAUUUCCCGGUGCUCGUUUCCUGGAUUGUAUUAUCCGCUUUCCUUUACCAAGGCAGACAGAACAGCUGCCUUAGCCUGACAACCGGUUGUCCUCAGCGCAAAUGAACUUUGGCUUUGGGAAAUUCAGGCCAGAAAGGUUCCGAGGGGCUCUGGGAGUGACGGUGCUUUCUAGGUUGUAGGUCAUAUGUGGAGAUGGAGGGCCGCUUCCACCCGCUCAGCACUCAUGUCAGGGACACAGACCUGCAGGCAUGGAAGGAAGCAUCAAAGCUUUGACUUCGAGGGGAUGGGAGGCAGCAAACUGCCAGGGCUGAAGGGCACGAGAAUCCAGCCCACAGGUCAAGGGUAGAAGCUGGAGGGGAAUAUGAAGGAAAGUCAGAGCAGAGAAGAACUUCCAGAAAUGAAGUAUAGGAGAGGUGAGAACCACCUUUGAACACCCCCCGGUGCUGGUGGGGAAAAAAAAAAAAAAAAAAACAACCCAGUUUAACUCAUUCUCUAAUCAGAGUAUCUGGGUUGCCCAGAAAGAUUGAGCCGCUCAGGAGAUUUUGUGUUAUGGUUCUGGAAAACAGACGUUGCUGAAAGAGAGGUUUCCAUUUUGAACUUUGGGGACCGUCGAUCAGAUAGAAAAUGAGCUCACAAGUGAGUGUGCUUAAAGAAGACAUUUAACGGUUGUGUUGUUUAUAGUAAAAUAAAACCUCCUACCUAGCUUCGGUUAAAAGUGAAGCGCUUGCUUUUACUUCCAUUCUCCUCCUUCCCUUCAUGGAUUGUGGAUGAAAUAAUCCAUUGGGGGACCCACCUGUAGUGAGAUGUACUGUCAGUGUAGUGUACAGUGUAUCUCAGUGGCCAUCUGCCAUGGUGAGGUGAGCGUGGUCUCUUUUCAGUAUAGUAGUUAAUAUUUUCUAGUGUUUUUUUAUGCAGAGGAUGUGGAAAGUGGCUUUUUAGACACCAUCCCACAUGGGUCUGGGGAAGGAAGGCUGUAAAGGAUGUGGAAGUGGCACUCCAUUCAGGAUGUAUUAAAAUAAUUUGCUUUUCAGGUAUUUAUAUGACACUUGUCAUUGUCACUGAUGUUUUUGAAAAAGCGAUGCAAAUGUUGGUUGUGGCUGUUUUCCGCAUGCUUUCUUCAUAUCUAAAUGCUUCAUUAAUUAUCCAAGCCUCUGGAGAAUUAACUCUAUUAAGUUUGUAUAGUGAGUUUGUAAACUGCUUGGCAAACUGAUAAAAGACAUAAUGUAUACCACCACGGUACCAACGUGGCAGGUUUCUGGUAGAAACCGGGCGAGUCCAAUUUGGAGUUCUAAGUUUCUGGAUUGAUGAGAAUAGAAAGGCAUUUUGGAAAAAGAAGAGAAAGAAAAAAGUAGAUCAUUUAACUUAGCAAAUAACUGAAAAUAAUGUCUGUCUUCCGUGGCCUGGAAUCCGAGGAAAGAAAUUCUCCUAGUAAACGUUGUUUUCUUAAUCUGUCCUUUUUAGAGUACCUCUUAACAUUUCCCCAGUGAGGCUUUGACCACCAUCAGCAGAAAGAAGAAAGUGCCCUAGACAUGGACAACUAAGUAGUAUGCAAAGGGUUGAGAGGAAUAAGCAGUUUCAGAUCUAGCUGCCCAGGGAGCAUCCAUCAGCUGAAUUAGUCAGAGCUGGAGGUGUGGUGAGAUACGAGUCUCGGGGUCAGACAGUGUAAAAAGCAAGAUCACCUCCAUCUUGUCCACCACUGCAGACGCCGCCUCCCCGCCCCAGAUGCAACCAGGCGCCCUAUGGAGAUUGCUGGUAGAGGCCAGGUAAAUCGUCAUCGCGAGGAUAGAACCUUCAAGGGAAUGCCCGAGAGAGAGCAGGUCAUCACUGUGUUGGGAAUUCCGCCUCUUAGUGAUAACUUACACGUAACAUCCCAGAAUCCCAUUCCCUAAAAUUCAGCGCAUUCCUUUCUGAGGCCGGAUCGGAUCCUUACCUGAUCAUCACCAGGAGCUCUUACUUAGUCAAGCUUUCCUCCACGGCUGGGGCUUGCAGUCACCUCUUCUUCGAUCAUCAUUUCAUCUUUAAUAGACUGUGUUUAGAAAACUAUAUCUUUUCCCUCUUUAUUUUCUUCUCUCAUGCUUUGGUUUGGUUUUUCUUCUUACCUCUCCUCGUAUUGAUCUUCUUAUCUUUUGGAUAAAACCACACUUUAGCAUUCAUUUUGUUUCCUGUUGCUACUCAGUUCAUUGGCAACAAAACUGGCCCUUUCCCAAGUUAGAAGUCAGUGACAGUUUUCUGAAUGGCCCUGCCAGUGCAUAUCAACCUUGAUAGUAUGAGCAAGUUUCUUAGCAGGCUGGUGGCAUUCAGGUAGCCUUCCAUCUGUCAUAAAUCCCAGAGUUCUGGGAUUUCUACCAAGUGUGAAGGUAAGUGAGGUCAGGGAAACCAAAAACAUACUUCUCAGUUUUUGCCAAUGUUGAAGGGCAGGGGUAGUUUUUAAAGUUGGUUGUUUGACCCCGUCCACCUAUAUUCACCUUCUAUUCACCCUCUGCCAGCCCCACAAACAAGCAGUUUGUCAUUUCUCAUGUGGGAACUGCGAGUAGCUCUUUUUCUUCCCCUUGUCCCAUUCUAUAGGAUGUUUCUUCAAUACGAGAUCAUAUUUUCCUCUUCUGCAACAGCUUUCUGCUUCUUGGGUACCACUAGCCAUUGUUGAGUUCAGGUGGGGGUGUCUCUACCCUACCUAUACUGUGGGCAGAUAGAACCAGAUAGAACCCUUCAGAGAGCAUGGAUGCAGCCUCAGAAAUCUUUGCAACACUCUAGCCAGCCAGGACCAGUUGAUCCGAACUGAUUUCAUUUGUCUGAUAACAAAUCUUACUUGUGAACUGACUCUCCCUUGUGUUUCUACCCUGGACUCUUUUGCCAUUUUCCCAAAACAGUUCACCAGCUAUUCAGGAAGCAUCAUCCAUAAAUCACUGUGUGAUGCCAAUCCCUGUGCCCCUGUAUUGCAGAUGCUAAAGGAGGCUGACUUCUUUAGGCUAAACAGAAACAAAUCUCUUUGGCCUCCUUUUCCAUUUUUGGAUUCUUGGCCAGUUAUGAGCAAUCUGUGUUUGCCAUUUUGCAGAGGUAAGAUAAGAGUCUGUCCCAUUCUUUUCUAGUCCCACCUUCUAACAAAGAACAGCACAAAUACUUAAAUUCCAAGGAGAAGUGCUUGGAAGUGCUCUUUGCAUAUUUCUCUCUAACAGAAACCAGAUGCUAAUGCAUAAGAAGGAGGAUCUAUGUUUGACAAAGGAAAGUGGAUGAUGAAAUCAGUCAUCUGAGGAUUUCAUGCCAGAAGGGUUGCUAUCAGCAACUGUUUAGCACCUUCAGGGCUUUGAAAAGGACUCUGCGGACAGCAUUCCAGGUACAGAACUCAGCCAAGCCUCCUCUGCCAAUCUUGAAGGCAGUUCCAGAUUGCUGCCUUUUGAGGUAUGUUUCUUAAAGCAUGAGAGACAUGGAAAUGAGAGUUUUGUCUUGCCUCCAGUGGUCAGUCCCUUUGGGGCCUCAGCUGACACCAAAGCCUGUUUGUCUGACCACUCGGAAGCAGUCAUCAAGGUUAGAGUUAAAAAGGUUGCGGUCUUUUUCCAUUUUCUCAAAAUAGAAGUCCCUUCAAUGCAAGACUCCCAGAAAGUGUGACUUACUGUUGGGGGCUGUAUUAGUUUGUAAGCUUACUUCCUGCUUAUAGCUUUCCCCAAACUAGCUUUUCCCAACAGGAAUCUAACAUUGUGUUAGAAAUUACUUCUGUGGUUUAGAUACAGAAUCCAUGAGGGGGUGGGGGGAGUGUCUUAUUCUAUCCUGAGAGUUUUGAGAUGUCCCUCACCCUACCGAGUAUUUGGCCAUUGAUGUUCCAUAGGUCGCUGACCAGGCCUUUUUAAAUUUUUCAGAGAGAGUUACUCAAGCCUUUCUAGUUAAUUUCCAUGUUUCUCCAUAAAGUAUUUGGUUCUAUCCUGGACCCUGACUUCGCAUUCUAAGGCCUAUGGGUCCUCCUUUUUCCCUAGCAGAUGAGGACCUCAGCAGUUCUGCUCCUAAACGCAUUCUUUCCUGUACAGGAUCAUUUUGUCCAUCUUCUGCUUUAAUUCCAAGCGCAUAAACAAAACCUCAAAGGGCCUGAGAAGGUAAGGCACACCAGAGUCUGUGUUGUGUGUCGGGUGUCGAGCUAUUUGUUAAGAAGGUCUGCAGUGGACCUUUGGUGUGGGCUCUGCCAGAGACUGUUGUGAACACUUUGCUUGAGAUCCGUGCCCUGUGAAAUGGAUAUGAUGUUUUACUGAUGUCUGUAAUACAUUUGUAAACUUCCAAUAAAAUUUGAAUAAAAGAAAUGUUGCCGUUCUU